CUAAUGCAUUCUCUUUUGAUUUUGACUUGUUUAGAUAUGCCAACGAACAUUUCUCUUGAUAACUUUAUAUAUGCCAAUACAGUAUAUUAUCUCACUCUAGAUGUGAGUUUGGUCCGUGAUUGUUUCAAGAUACUUUAGAACCAUAUAAAUUCACCCACUCGAACAAUAACACAACUAGUUAUCCGAAUGACAAAAACACCCAUGUCACGUUUCCUAUAGCAACAAUAAAACUCAAGGCCAUUUCAGUAUUUUCAAUCUUCUCAAUCUCGAUAGCUUCCUCGUUCUGGUCGGCACAAUCCAAAAUCAAAGUUGCUCUCCUCUUCCUCCUCCUCCACCUCAAGCUACAAAGAACAAAAGAGUGUAAGAUCUUGAAAUGGGAUCUAGAGACCAAAAGCUAAAAUGGAGCUGGAGCUCAGCUUUAAUAGGAGCAGCAUCAGCAACAGCAGCAGCUUCACUCCUAAGCGCCAAGCCAAAAGAUCCAACGUUCCACCUUAUCUCCAUAGACCUAACCUCACUGAAACUUAACCUCCCUGUCCUAGACGCAGAGCUAAUGCUUACAGUACACGUAACAAACCCUAACAUCGCAGCAAUCCAUUACUCAUCAACCACAAUGACUAUCCUCUACGAUGGCACGGUUCUUGGCUCGGCCGAGGUCAAAGCUGGCUCGCAGCCGGCGAGAUCUUGUCAGCUUCUCCGGCUACCGGCGCGUCUGAACGGGAUGGAGCUUGCGCAACACGCGCGGCAGUUCUUUUCUGACGUGGCGAAGAGAGAGAUGAAACUUGAGGCUAAGCUUACGAUUGAAGGAGCGGCUAAGGUUAUGUGGUGGGAUCAUAGUUUUAGGGUACACGUGGAUAGUUUUGUAACCGUUGAUCCUGUGUUUCUUGAUGUUAUUGGUCAAGAGAAUAAGUCUCAGAUGGAUCUCUUUCUUACUUGAUUUAUGAUUAUAUAAUGAUCAGUUAAUUUGUACCAAUUUUUAGGUUGCGGUUAAUAUUUUUCUGUUAAUUGAAAAAGUCUUUUGAAUU